AAAUAGGAACAUUGCAGGUUUUUGGCAUUUGUUUAGUCAGUAGACAGAUAAAUCUGGUGAAAAUGUUUAUUCGGUCUGUACUGUGAAGAAUAAAAGAAGUAUGCUGACUAGAGAGCACUUCAUGAUUCAAUUACAUGGAGUUUAAAAGUCUUCAGUUUGUGCAGAGAAUAAAUCCGAUUAACACUGAAUUAAGGCCAUUCAAGCAGGACUGUUUAUUUACAUCCUUUACACAAACAAACGGUUGUUGAUUUACAGAGACAUUCUUGAGAAUGCACCGAAGUGAACCGGAGACCGAGUGGAAAACGUGGAUUUAACGGAUCAUUUUCGAGCAACGAUCCCCAAAGAUCUUGUGUUAAAAACUGCGGCAAAGGAAACCUUUAAACGCUUUGUAGACUUUCGUAAAUGUGUCAAAUGGAGAGACAUUAAUUUUCCUUAGAAAUACAUUUCGGGGAUCGACGGAUAUUUCAAUCGAGACGAGCGACAGAAAUGUCCCACCUGAAGAGUCAGAACAUAUGUUACCUGUCUCAGGUUACGGAACUGACAGUGCGGGACGUGCGAAAUCACACCCGGAUAUUUCUGACAAGUUUUCAGAGGGUGUGAACAGACAAAAUCUGAUGUGAGUCGGACAGUCAUGGGGAACUCCAACCGCAGCACGACGGACGAUAAAACCGGCGGGAAAGCAGAGCAGAAUGUGCCAAUAAAUCCAAACCAGGCGGUGGAUAAACACAAAAGACCCGAAAUAUCAGUGAUAAAAGAGUCAGAAGAGACUGUGUUUACUUCAGCUGAUAAUGGUGGACCGAAAGGCGAAUCUGAGGCGAGAUGUCAGAAUGAACAUAAGACGGACACCUCAAACAUCACACGCGAAGAUUUCUCCGAGGUUCCGACGAACAGUUCCCCGCAGGUCCGUCGCAGUGAAGUGCCGAGAAACUCGGUGUAUCUCUCGGGCAGAUGUAAAGACUGUCCGCGGGCUGACAGCGACUAUGAAGCCGCCGCAGUGACGCUGGAGCCGCUGGAACACGAGUGGAUGAUGUGCGCGUCUGACGGACAGUGGGAGAGUCUCCAUCGGCUGCUCCUCAGAGAUCACAGCCUCAUCACCCGGAAAGACUUCGUUACAGGAUUCACCUGCCUGCACUGGGCUGCUAAACUCGGGAAACACGAACUGAUUGUCAUGUUGAUCAACUUUGCUACAGAACAUCAAGUGCCUCUCAACAUGAACGCGCGCUCCAGCGUCGGGUACACGCCUCUCCAUUUAGCGGUGAUGCACAAUCACAUCGAGGUGGUGAAAUUAUUAGUCGGAGCGUUUGACGCCGAUGUGGAGGCGAGAGAUUACAACGGCAAAAAAGCAUGUCAGUACCUGAAGAGUGACAUUGCGCAAAACAUUCUUGACAUCGUGGGCGCAUGUGUUGAAACUGACGCGGAAAACGGGGGUGUUCAAGACACGAAUCGCUGGAGACUGUCGCGAGUUAUUCAGUCCAGUUUCAGACCUCUUAAACCACAAAAACACAACAGUGAAGAGGACUCGUGCAACACUAAACAAAAGUCUCUCUACAGGAAAUCUUCUUUUACUAAAAUGAAACCCAGUCUUCAUAGAAUCCACACCAGGUCGCAGAUUGUCCACAGCACUUCUUUCUUUGAAACAUUUGAGAAAGAAGCCACAGAAGAGCCCCCAAAUCCAUAAAGACCCAAAUCAAACCUCUGAAUAUCUGCAGAACUCAAACCCAUCAGCUUAUUUUUCUUCAUUCUGCUUUGAACACUUCUUGUGAAAUCACAAUAGAAAUACUGUCAAUUCCUUCUUAAAUUAUGUUUUGAUUUCAUAAUAUUAAUCUGCUAAUAACUGAAUUACUAUAAAAACUUUCUUUAGGAGCAAAUAAAUACAUUUCUUUGAAAUUCUGUAUAAAGGAAUUAGAGUUGCAGACAUUAGAGUUUCUCUCACAUGAUUUUAUCUGUUUAGAAGCGACAAUGUUGUUUUUUUGUAAUUGCUCAGUGUAUUUAAAUCACUUCUAAAGUUUUGAAAGAUUUCUUAUGAUGAAUCGCUGGUUUCGUAAGAUUUUUCAAACAUACUCUUCGUUCACUAUCGUCAGAUGAAUAAAUGU